AUCCGCACGUUUCUUCCUUCUUCUGCAGUCUCUGCCUCUUCUCUCGCUUCCUUGUUCUUUCAACUCAGAAGAAUCAAUCAUAAUAAAAUAAAAUAAAAAAUCCGAAUUUAUAUCUCUGUAAUUUGCUGCCCUAGAAAUCACCUCUGGAUUCCAAAACCUUGAUCGCUCCUUAGUCCUUAUUCUUUGGAUUAUGUUCAAGGGGGGCCAAUAGCUGAGCAGGGUGUUUGGAUUUUUAUGUGGAUGGAGCUCUUAUGUAUAUACCAAUAAAUCACUUGUGGUGGGUGGGGAAUAGCUUAUGGUGUCGAACAAGUUUAACAGUUAUCUUGAACAUGGUCCUGUUCUUGUUCUAUUAGUUGCUUUCGGCACACUUUAGUUGGAUGUUCUGGGGAAUUUUGUAGAGUUGGAUUCGAUUGGAUUGGAUAAGUGCAACUACUUGGUUAGCUGAAAUCUCUUGAAGGCAUUUGGUUGUUUUUAUGAUGGAGAGCUUGGCCCAGUUAGAGGUGUUGUGUGAAAGGCUUUACAACUCUCAGGAUUCAGCAGAACGAGCACAUGCAGAGAACACCCUGAAAUGCUUUUCUGUGAAUGCUGACUACAUACCCCAAUGCCAGUUUAUUUUGGACAAUGCAUUGACUCCUUAUGCACUGAUGCUGGCUAGUUCAAGCUUGUUGAAACAAGUCACUGAGCAUAGUCUCUCAUUGCAGCUCCGCCUUGAUAUCCGAAACUACCUUGUAAACUAUCUGGCAAACAGAGGGCCCGAGUUGCAGUCCUUUGUGGUUGGAUCUCUAAUACAGCUUUUAUGUCGUAUUACCAAAUUCGGGUGGUUUGAUGAUGACAAAUUUAGAGAUGUGGUCAAGGAAUCUAUUAGCUUUUUGAGUCAGGCAACACCAGAACAUUAUGCUAUUGGAUUAAAGAUAUUGAACCAGCUUGUCUGUGAGAUGAAUCAGCCAAAUCCAGGAUUGCCCUCAACACAUCAUCGAAGAGUAGCCUGCUCCUUUAGGGAUCUGUCUCUGUUCCAAAUUUUUCACAUAUCAAUAACGUCAUUGCAUCAGCUAAAGAGUGAUGUCAUCAGCCGCUUGCAAGAGCUGGCACUUUCGCUUUCACUGAAAUGCCUGUCUUUUGAUUUUGUUGGGACAUCGGUUGAUGAAAGUGCUGAUGAGUUUGGUACUGUUCAGAUUCCACUAUCUUGGAAGCCAGUGUUAGAGGACUUUUCAACUGUGCAGAUAUUUUUUGAUUAUUAUACAAUUGCAAAGCCACCUAUCUCGAAAGAGGCUCUGGAGUGCUUAGUGCGAUUGGCAUCUGUCAGGCGCUCUUUGUUUACAACUGAUGUGACUCGUUCCAAGUACUUGGCACAUCUGAUGACAGGAACAAAAGAAAUUCUACGAUCAGGGACAGGUCUGGGUGAUCAUGAUAACUACCAUGAGUUUUGCCGCCUACUUGGACGUUUCAGAAUUAAUUAUCAGGUACUUUUUCCUUGUCUUUCUGAUGUCUAAUGGAAUUUCAGUUCC